AUGUCUGCAAACGAUUACUACGGAGGCGGCGGCCACAGCCAGAACCAGGGAUACGGUGGCCAGCAAGGAUACAACCAGGGCGGUUACGCACCUCAACAGCCCACAUAUGCACAGGGCCAGCAGCACCACGGCGGCGGCGGCGGCGGCUACCCCCAGCAGUCACAUUCUCCGUACCAGCAGGGCGGUGGCUACAACGCCCCUCCCCAGCAGCAGCACGGAUACGGCGGAUCCCAACAACCCACGUACGCCCAGGGCAACCAACAUCAGCAAAGCUACGGCCACGACAACCGAGACAGCUAUUCCCACAACCAGCAACUGCCAUAUGGGGCACCUCAGUAUGGUGGACAGUCCCAAUACGGCGGCCAGCCUCAGUAUGGCGCUGGUCCCGGCGGUCCCGACCAGGAUAAGGGCCUCGGCGCAACAUUAGUCGGUGGCGGAGCGGCCGGAUGGGCGGCGCAUAAGGCCGGCGGCGGUUUUAUUGGAACUGUCGGCGGUGCUAUUGCUGGCGCGAUUGGUGCGAAUUUGUUGGAGCAUAAACUGAAGUAA